UCUGUGUUACAUAAAAUAAGCAAUUAACAUACAAUAUCAAAUCUACUCUGGAUUGAUUGAGUGGAACACCUUUCCAAUUCAUUACACUUCAAGUAUUUGCAAGCCAUUAAGGAGUGGAAAAACGAUAACAAGAUUUACAGAGUUUAACGCUGAGAUCUCGUCGACAUGAGCGAGUCGCACAGCAAUCCAGCGUUUGAGCUAGAAGACAAGGAAAAGGAAAAUGGCAAUUUCGAAAACAUCGACUUAAACAACGGUUUUGCGUCAUCCAAAUCAGACUCCGAUCUCAACAACACCAUGCCGAUUUACGACCCCAAAGAAACGAGGCGAAUGUCCAAAAACAUUCAUGUCGUAAGUUUGGGAUUUCUUCUCCUUUUCACCGCCUACAACGGGAUGUCGAACCUUCUGAGUUCUUUUUACCACGUCGAUGGGCUUGGUACGUAUACGAACGCCACCGUCUACGCCUUCCUGGUUUUGUCCUCUUUGUUCAUCCCAAGUUUUGCGAUGCGGAAACUUACCGUCAAGUGGACCUUGGUGGCAUCGAUAAGCGGAUAUACGUUAUAUAUGGUCGCACAGUAUCACGCCACAUUUUACACAAUGUUGCCAGCUGCCGCUAUGGUGGGUCUGUGUGCAGCACCUCUUUGGGCAUCAAAAUCCUUCUACUUGACCCAUCUUGGAAAUCAGUACGCAGAGUUAAUUUCUGACAAGGUUGAGAUAAUAAUCAUCCGAUUUUUUGGGAUAUUUUUCAUGUACUUCCAAAGUUCCCAAAUUUGGGGAAACAUCAUUUCAUCGACGAUCCUCUCAACCGGAAAGAAGCUCACACCUAAUGAAACUCAACUUGAAAAGUGUGGGGUUAAGUUCUGCCCAGGCGAUUUGGAAACCACGGACGAUGACGACUUGACCAAAGAUCAAGAAAGAAAAAUUUACAUCUACUCCGGCGUGUGUUUGUUUUGUGCUUUUUCUGCAAUUGCGAUAAUUUCAAUAUUCAUGGAUCCACUUACUCGGUACGGAGAAAAAGAACGAAUAGCUGCCAUGAACAAGAAAACUGGAUUUGAUCUCAUCAUGGCUACAACGAGGCAGAUGAAAAAUCCGUACCAAUUGCUAAUGAUCCCACUUACAAUCUUCUCUGGCUUGGAGCAGGGUUUUCUGAGUACGGACUUUACCCAAGCGUUCAUAACUUGUUCUUGGGGAGUUCAUAAUGUGGGAUAUGUCCUGAUUUGUUACGGCAUUGUUGAUUCCGUGUUAUCCAUUUCCUUUGGACCGUUGGUGAGGAACUACGGUAGAUUGCCCGUAUAUUCGUUGGGGGCGGUGAUAAACUAUUCCAUGGUGGGGACUAUGUUGGCCUGGAAGCCUGAUGCCGACACCCCCUACGUAUUUUUCAUCAUUGCCGGUUUUUGGGGAGCAGCGGACGCGGUUUGGCAGACGCAGAUAAAUUCUCUUUACGGAGUCCUAUUUCCUGCAAAUGAAGAGGCCGCUUUUAGCAAUUAUAGAUUGUGGGAGUCGGUUGGGUUCAUCGUUGCGUACAUUAGUGGAAAUUUGCUCUGCGUCAGAGUAAAGUUGAUUGUUUUGAUUGUCGUCCUUACUUUAGGAAUGACAGGUUUUUAUGUUGUAGACUACAAAGAAAGAGUGCGACGACGGAAACUGGCUGCUGGUGGUGGUAGUGGUAUCGUUGUUGAUCACACUGAUAAAAAUUGAACUGUGAUAUUAUGAUUUAGUGUAAUAAAGUUGUCGCUAUUUAUUUUUAUGAAAAUGCUGAAUAAAAUGUCGAACCUAAGAAAACCCUGAAAA